GGGGCGGGGCCGGGGGCGCGGGGGCUGUGGGACCAUGGCGGGCCGCGGGGCCGCGUCCUCCGAGCACCUGGAGCGGCUGCACGAGAUCUUCCGCGGGCUGCACGGAGACCUGCGGGCCGUCCCCGAGCGGCUGCGGGGCAGCGCGGCCGAGGAGAAGAAAAAACUAGUUCGAGAAUUUGAUGAGAAACAGCGUGAAGCCAACGAGACGCUGCGGGAAAUGGAGGAAGAACUGAAAUAUGCUCCUGUGCCUUUCCGCAACCAAAUGAUGAGCAAAAUCCGAGCAUACAGAAGAGACCUGUCCAUGUUCCAGAGAGAGAUGAGAAGCACAGAUUUGGGAUUGGGCCGUGGAAGCCAAGGCGAUACAAAAUACGGAAUCUUCGCUACAGAAAAUGAACAGAGUACUAACCUGCAGUCACAGAGGGUGCUGCUUCUCCAGGGCACAGACAGUCUGAACCGAGCCAGUGAGAGCAUCGAGCGCUCGCACCGAAUCGCCGCUGAAACCGAUCAGAUUGGCACGGACAUCAUCGAGGAGCUUGGGGAGCAGCGGGAGCAGCUGGAACGCACCAAGAGCAGGUUGGUGAAUACAAGUGAGAACUUGAGCAAGAGUCGCAAGAUUCUACGCGCGAUGUCCCGGAGAGUAACCACGAAUAAGUUGUUACUAUCAAUUAUCAUCAUCCUGGAACUGGCUAUCCUGGGAGGUGUGGUCUACUACAAGUUCUUUCGCAAGUGAUGAACCUUCAUGACCAAGAUGAGCUUUUCCACUGAUGAGGAACAGGAUGGGCUGUCUGCUCCCUUUGACUGUCUGAGGGUUGAACUGAGUUAUGAGACAGCACAUUGAACUGAAACUGUACUGACACAUGAAAGACAGAGAAUGGGAGUAAAAAGAAACAGGCUUGAACUACUGGUAAGAUUAAUAAGAAGGUAAUAAAUAUUUUAUUGUCUCAUUUUGUAUAUAUUUAACUAAAUGAAUAAAUCUUGGUAUGUAAUAAAGUAGCCACUGAUCAAUGGAAAA